UCAGAUUAGGUUAGGAAAAAUCCCUUUGUGGGUCGCUACUCCGAAUUCCGACUUAGUGGAAACUGGUGAAAGUGUAUAAAUUUGUUUAUGGAAUAGUCGGAGAUAUAAUUAUAAUUAUUUUUAUAUAUUGAGACAUCUUAUAAAUAUAUAGAAAAUAUAUCACAAUGCCGAAAAAUAAGAAAACACGUAAAGUUGUGAUGCAGAGAUUUGCUCAGAUGAAGCGGAUAAUUAGUUUGAGUGAUGCACGAAUAAAACCAGAAAAACGACUGCCAUCCAAGAAAACUCCAAAAGAAGAUCAGACUAAAAUAAAAAUUACAGAGACGCCAAAACAAUCCUCAGCAUUAUUUUUUCAAUAUAAUACACAACUUGGACCACCAUAUCAUAUUUUAGUUGAUACAAACUUUAUUAACUUUUCUAUUAAAAAUAAAUUGGAUAUCGUACAAAAUAUGAUGGAAUGUCUCUAUGCAAAGUGUACACCAUAUAUAACAGAUUGUGUGUUGGGUGAAUUGGAGAAGCUUGGACAGAAGUACAAAUUGGCAUUGAGAAUCAUCAAAGAUCCACGAUUUGAAAGAUUAAAAUGUGUGCAUAAAGGAACUUAUGCAGAUGACUGUCUCGUGAACAGAGUGACACAACACAAGUGUUAUAUUGUUGCGACCAAUGAUAAAGACUUGAAAAAAAGGAUACGGAAGAUACCAGGUGUGCCAAUAAUGUAUGUAUCUCAACACAGAUACACGAUAGAACGGAUGCCAGACGCCUAUGGCGCGCCUAAGAAAUAAAAUUAGUUUAUUAAAAUAGGCGAUCUUUUUUUUUAUAUAAUAACUUUAUCUUUUAUUACAUUAAAGAUAAUAAAUUGUAUAUUUUGUUAAUAAAACUUACACUAUAUCAUAUA